GCACUCCCAACUCAAAACCCCCAAACUCCAUCGCAAGACAGGAAGAUGCAAAUGGAGAACGGAUCAGGGGAAUGGGGUUUUCAAGGGAAGCAGGAGGUGAACGCAGCGGCAGCCAUUACCGUCCGAGGAGUUCUCAACAUGUUGAUGGGCAACCUCAACAAAGAUGAUAGCCGGCCUGUUAUACCUCUUGGUCAUGGCGACCCCUCUCAUUUUCCAAGCUUCAGGACUAGCCCUGCAGCCGAAGAUGCCAUUGUUGAUGCCCUACGAUCGGCUAAAUAUAAUUGCUACGCUCCAACUGUUGGUAUUCUUGCUGCAAGGAGGGCAAUUGCGGAUUACCUCAACCGUGAUCUUCCAUACAAAUUAUCACCAGAUGAUGUUUUUCUCACAAGCGGAUGUACUCAAGCAAUAGAAGUUGCAUUAGCAGUUCUUUCCCGACCUGGUGCCAACAUUUUACUUCCCAGACCAGGCUUCCCAUUCUAUGAAGCUACUGCUGCUUAUAACUGUCUUGAAGUCCGUCAUUUUGACCUUCUUCCUGAAAAAGGUUGGGAGGUUGAUAUUGAUGCCAUAGAGAGUCUCGCCGAUGAGAAUACUGUUGCUAUGGUUAUUAUAAACCCUGGCAAUCCUUGUGGAAAUGUCUUCAGCUAUGAACAUUUAAAAAAGGUUGCAGAGACAGCAAGAAAGCUUGGGAUUCUGGUCAUUGCUGAUGAAGUUUACGACAAUCUCGCAUUUGGAAGCACACAAUACGUGCCAAUGCGAAUGUUUGCUUCAACUGUUCCUGUUCUCACGCUUGGAUCUAUAUCAAAGAAAUGGAUUGUUCCUGGUUGGCGCCUUGGUUGGCUUGUGACAAGUGAUCCAAAUGGCAUUCUUCACAAAUAUGGGAUAAUUGAGUCGAUUACUGGAUUCCUCAAUAUCUCCUCUGAUCCAGCUACAUUUAUUCAGGGAGCAAUUCCUCAACUUAUUGAGAAUACAAAGGAGGAUUUUUUCUCAAAGAUUAUUUGCAUUCUAAGGGAAGCUGCAGACAUAUCCUAUAAUAUAAUUAAGGAGAUUCCCUGCAUAACUUGCCCAAAGAAACCAGAAGGAUCAAUGUUUGUAAUGGUGAAGCCGAAUCUCUCAAUGUUGGAAGAUGUUAAUGAUGAUAUGGAGUUUUGCCUGAAGUUAGCUAAAGAAGAAUCAGUCAUUAUUCUACCAGGUGUAGCAGUGGGAUUAAAGAACUGGCUUCGCAUUACUUUUGCUAUUGAGUCUUCUUAUCUCGAAGAAGGCCUGGCAAGGCUAAAAGCCUUUUGCCAAAGGCAUGCCAAGAAGCAAUAAAAUAACUGGACUAUGGGGUAUCAACAACUGUAUGUUGAAUGUCAUACACAUUUCCGUUUGCUGGUUAACUUGCGCAUUAACCAAAAAAUUGUUUGCCUUAAAUAAUAUGAUCCCGUCAAUAACUUGCUACUCACUCCUAGAUGUGAGUACGGGGUAUCGCUGAUCAACAACUCCACUUUGGAUCUCAUCAAUACAGCUCCCUCACUGCGAGAAAGUUUAAGAAGUUUCCCUUUUUUUUUUUUUUUGAAAAGUAAGUUUAAGAAGUUUCUUGUAUGAAACGUCAAAAAAUCUGUUCUAUGUAAUGAAUUUGACUGAUGCAUUCAAGAGAUUGAACGUGCUUUUGCUUAGGGACA